AUGGAUUCAAAUAUUCAAGACUUUAUAGACACAUGUAACUCUGACAACACCUGCAACCUCAUCACCAAUAGCACCACCACCAACUUAACCACUAGUGUUUCCUCUUCCUCAGCUGCUUCUACCUCCAUCACCAGCAGCAGCCGCUACGAGAACCAGAAACGCCGUGACUGGAACACCUUUGGCCAAUACCUCAAGAAUCACCGACCCCCUCUCUCCCUUUCAAGGUGCAGCGGUGCACAUGUCCUUGAAUUCCUGAGGUACCUGGAUCAAUUUGGGAAGACCAAAGUGCACACACCGAUCUGUCCCUUUUAUGGACACCCAAACCCUCCAGCACCUUGUCCAUGUCCUCUAAGACAAGCUUGGGGGAGUCUUGACGCUCUGAUAGGGCGUUUGCGUGCAGCUUUUGAGGAAAAUGGAGGAAAGCCUGAGGCAAACCCUUUUGGAGCUCGAGCUGUGAGACUCUACCUUCGCGAGGUUCGUGAUCUGCAGUCCAAAGCAAGAGGAAUCAGCUACGAGAAGAAGAAAAGGAAGCGUCCACCACCUCAGCAACAAGCCUUGCCUCUACCUGCUCUUCCUCCUCCAGGUGCAAGUGCAACUCAUUAG